CCUAUCCUUAGAAAUGAAGAUGGAGGAAAGUUCAUACCUUUCUGUGAGAAAAAAUAGGUGCUACAAGAGAGGUGAGAGAGACGUGAGGUGAGGGACGAUGUCCAAGUCUUGCAAAGGGUUGGCCAUGGAGCUAGUCAAGUGUCUCAGUGAAUCUGAUUGUGUCAAGGUUGAGAAGAGAUCAUAUAGGGAAUGUGCUGGGGAGAAGACUCCAUCAAUACCCAGUGAGUGUGUGGGACUAAGGGAAACCUAUUUCAAUUGCAAGAGAGGCCAGGUUGACAUGAGAGCUAGGAUUCGUGGAAACAAAGGCUACUAAUGAUCCCACCAUACAUUGGAAAGCUCUGCAGUUGUACUGUCCAGUUCUGGCUCUUUCAAUAUCUGGUUCAAGAUGAAGUCAACACUCGUGAAAGAUGGUGAAUCAAAGAAA